AUUAUGAAUAUUCAUAUAAAUAGUCGGCGCAUUCCUGUAUUUACUAUACUUUGUCGGCAAAAGCACAUUGAUUUGUAAACAUGGCGGUCCCAUCCACUUCAUUGUCGACGCGAAAUAAGAAACAUUUUUUAGGCGUUCCUGCUCCAUUAGGAUAUGUUGCUGGAGUCGGCAGAGGAGCAACUGGUUUUACAACUCGUUCUGAUAUUGGGCCAGCACGAGAUGCCAACGACGUCUCCGAUGAUAGACAUGCUCCGCCAACAAAGCGAACAAAGAAAAAGGAGGAGGAAGAAGAAGAUGAGGAAGAUCUUAAUGACUCUAAUUAUGAUGAAUUUUCUGGAUAUGGAGGGUCUUUAUUUAGCAAGGACCCGUACGAUAAAGAUGAUGAAGAAGCAGAUGCAAUAUAUGAAGCAAUAGAUAAACGGAUGGAUGAAAAACGUAAAGAUUAUAGGGAGAAACGUUUGCGCGAGGAAUUGGAAAGAUAUCGACAAGAAAGACCAAAGAUUCAACAGCAAUUUUCAGACCUAAAAAGGGAAUUGGCAAAUGUAUCUGAAAACGAGUGGAGAAAUGUUCCCGAAGUAGGAGAUGCUAGAAAUAGGAAACAAAGAAAUCCCAGAGCAGAAAAAUUUACUCCUCUGCCAGAUUCAGUAUUGGCAAGAAAUUUAGGUGGUGAAACCGCAACAAGUAUCGAUCCUACAAGUGGUCUAGCAUCUAUGUUACCAGGAGUAGCUACUCCUGGAAUGUUGACUCCAACAGGCGAUUUGGAUUUGAGAAAAAUUGGUCAAGCUAGAAAUAAUUUGAUGAAUGUUAAACUAAGGCAGGUUUCCGAUUCUGUUGAAGGACAAACUGUAGUAGAUCCAAAAGGGUAUCUGACAGAUUUACAAAGUAUGAUUCCUUCUUAUGGUGGUGAUAUUAACGACAUUAAAAAAGCUCGAUUGCUUUUGAAGUCUGUUAGAGAAACGAAUCCAAAUCACCCACCAGCUUGGAUAGCAUCUGCUCGUUUAGAAGAAGUUGUAGGAAAAGUUCAAGCUGCUAGAAAUUUGAUUAUGAAAGGUUGCGAGGUAAAUCCGUCGUCCGAAGAUUUAUGGUUAGAAGCUGCAAGGCUACAACCUCCAGAUACUGCAAAGGCUGUUAUUGCUCAAGCAGUGAGGCACAUUUCGACUUCCGUCAGAAUAUGGAUAAAAGCAGCAGAUUUAGAAAUAGAAGCAAAAGCAAAAAGAAGAGUAUAUCGUAAAGCUUUAGAGCAUAUUCCGAAUUCUGUACGUUUGUGGAGAGCAGCGGUAGAAUUAGAGGAACCAGAAGAUGCUCGUAUUCUUCUUAGUCGUGCUGUUGAGUGCUGCCCUACCAGUGUAGAUUUGUGGUUAGCCUUGGCUAGGUUAGAAACUUACGAUAAUGCUAGAAAAGUAUUAAAUAAAGCUCGAGAAAAUAUUCCAACUGAUCGACAAAUUUGGACAACUGCAGCUAAAUUGGAAGAAGCUAAUGGAAAUAAGCAUAUGGUUGAAAAAAUCAUUGACAGGGCCAUUUCUUCUUUAAGUGCAAAUGGAGUUGAAAUAAAUAGGGAGCAUUGGUUUAAAGAAGCAAUGGAGGCUGAAAAAGCAGGUGCCGUUCAUUGUUGUCAAGUUAUUAUAAAAUCCAUUAUUGGAUCAGGUGUCGAAGAAGAAGAUCGAAAACAUACGUGGAUGGAAGAUUCUGAAACGUGUGCUCAACAAGGUGCUCUUGAAUGUGCGAGGGCUGUUUAUGCUUAUGCUUUAAGUGCAUUCCCAAGCAAAAAAUCUAUUUGGCUUAGAGCAGCUUAUUUUGAAAAGACUUAUGGAACAAGAGAAUCUUUAGAAACUUUACUGCAAAGAGCGGUCGCUCAUUGUCCUAAAAGUGAAGUUUUGUGGCUCAUGGGGGCUAAAUCGAAAUGGCUGGCGGGAGAUGUACCAGCUGCUAGAGGUAUUUUAUCUCUUGCAUUUCAAGCAAAUCCUAAUUCUGAAGAUAUUUGGUUGGCUGCUGUUAAAUUAGAAUCUGAAAAUUCGGAAUAUGAAAGAGCUAGACGCUUAUUAGCAAAGGCAAGAGCUUCUGCUCCUACACCAAGAGUUAUGAUGAAAAGUGCAAAAUUAGAAUGGGCUUUGAAUAAUCUUGAUGUAGCUUUACAAUUGUUACAAGAGGCUAUUGAAACCUUUGAAGAUUUCCCAAAAUUAUGGCUAAUGAAAGGGCAAAUUGAAGAACAGCAAGGGCAUUUGGAAAAAGCAAUAGAAACAUAUAAUCAAGGGAUUAAAAAAUGUCCUGCAUCAAUACCACUUUGGAGGUUACUAGCACAAUUGGAAAUCAAAAGAAAUCAGUUUACAAAAGCUCGGUCAGUUUUAGAAAAAGCACGUCUUCGCAAUCCGAAAAAUCCAGAACUUUGGCUCGAAGCAAUAAGAAAUGAAAUGAAAUCUGGAGGCAAUCGAGAUAUGGCAAAUACCUUAAUGGCUAAAGCUCUCCAAGAAUGUUCAAAUUCUGGCUUACUAUGGGCUGAAGCCAUUUUUAUGGAACCGCGUCCCCAAAGAAGAACAAAGAGUAUUGAUGCGUUAAAAAAGUGUGAACACGAUCCUCACGUGCUUCUUGCAAUCUCCAAGAUGAUUUGGUGUGAUCCUAACAAAAUCCAUAAGUGUCGAGAAUGGUUUAAUAAAACAGUAAAAAUAGAUCCUGACUUAGGAGAUGCUUGGGCCUAUUUUUAUAAAUUUGAAUUGUUGAAUGGAACUGAAGAACAACAAGAUGAAGUUAAAAGACGUUGCGUGGCUGCUGAUCCUCAUCAUGGUGAAAAUUGGUGUAAUGUAUCAAAAAAUAUUGUGAAUUGGUGCCUAAGCAUUGAUCAAAUUUUAAUAUUAGUAGCCAAAGAUUUACCAAUUCCAAUAUAAAUUGAAUGUGUAUUUAUAACAAAAAUUAUAUUUAAAAAAAAAAACAUGUCUACUUCUAAAAGUGUAAACGACGAGAUCCACGAACAUUUGUAAAUAAUAAAUA